CCUUUCUGAGUUCAGCCAUCGCAGUAGCGUGCACGGGUGGGUUUGAUUUGAGAGUUGCGACUCGCCUCUUUCGAGAGUGAAGUUUCCCUUCUGUCCACGUUCUUCUGUUGCGCGUGGGAAUUAUUGGCCAUCAAGGAUAUGAACCCAUGUUUGCCACAUAUACUUUUCUUACAAGAAUAUGAGGGUUUCAGCCCACCAAAACAAUUAUAAUAUUUCCACCAUCAUCACCAGUUCACCACAAACUUAAAGACGAACAAACAACAGUUAUCAAUCAAUCUUCAAGCUGAAGUUGCAAUCUGUCUUCAUCUUUAAUCUAUUCCUUUGUUAUUAUCUCAAAAACUGACUUUGAGAUUGAUUUCUCGAGAUGGGGUUUUGUUUUUAUGUUGUGUUUGGUCGUAUUCGGUGCGAUUGAAGACAAUCACAUGACAUGUGAACUCAAUUGUCAAAAAAGGGCUCUUCGCAAUUCGACUCCAAUUCUGUCGUAUUUGUUAUCUCCUUUCAAAUUAAGCAAAUCAAUUCGAAUUGGGGUUUGCACCUUUUCCUUCUUUCAAGUUCUUGAAUUCGGAUUCAGCUUUAGGGUUCUUGAAUUUCGCAAAGAUGCAAAGAGUUCGCGUUUCAUCACAGCAAGUCCCAGUACAGAAAUUAGGCGAUUCCCAGAUGACAUUAUCUCCUAAAUUCAAAUUAGCAUCAAUUCAAUCUCGUCUACUCGAUCCUUUGUUGGAAUCAGAACUGAAUCUUCAAGGUGAUCCCUUAAUCCCUGGUCUUCCUGAUGAUAUUGCUUUAACUUGUCUACUCCGGCUACCAGUCACCACCCAUCCAGCCACCAGGGCAGUUUGCAAGCGGUGGUAUCAAUUAUUCUGCAACAAAGAACGAUUCUUUAGCAAAAGAAACGAAAUGGGUUUUCAAGAUCCAUGGUUAUUUGUCUUCUCAUUUCAUAAAUGUACAGGAAAGAUUCAAUGGCAUGUCCUUGAUCUUACCCAUUUUUCAUGGCACACAAUUCCACCAAUGCCUUGUGUCGAUAAAGUUUGUCCACAUGGCCUUCGAUGCGUUUCAUUUCCCUCAAACGGGUCUCUUUUCGUAUGUGGAGGUAUCAUUUUUGACGCGGAUUGCCCCCUAAAUGUAGUGAUGAAAUUCGACAUUAAGAAGAAUCAUUGGACUAUAAUGAAAAAAAUGAUCACCGCAAGAUCUUUUUUUGCAUCCGGGGUGAUAAACGAGAAGAUCUACGUGGCGGGGGGAAAUAGUACGGAUCUUUUCGAGCUCAAUUCGGGCGAAGUUAUGGACCCGAAAAACGGGAUUUGGCAUCCGAUUGCAAAUAUGCGUACAAAUAUGGCGGUUUAUGAUGCUGCGGUUCUUAAUGGGAAGCUUUUGGUGACCGAAGGGUGGUUUUGGCCUUUUUAUGUGGUCCCACGUGGACAAAUUUACGACCCGAAAACUGAUAAUUGGGAAAAUAUGGCGGAUGGGCUUCGAGAAGGGUGGACAGGGUCGAGUGUUGUGAUAUAUGGGCAUUUGUUUGUGGUGACAGAGCAUGAGAGGACAAAAUUAAAAGUUUAUGAUAUGAAUUCGGACACUUGGAAAUCGGUUGAUGGGCCUCCAUUACCGGAUAAAAUAUGUAAGCCGUUUUCGGUAAAUUGUUAUGGUAGUUUUAUUUAUGUUGUGGGGAGGAAUCUUCAUGUUGCGGUGGGUCGGAUUUUGAUUGGGAAUGGAAAAGAGAAAAGUCCGGGGUUUUUGGUGGAAUGGGAAGUGGUUGAGGCACCGGAUGGGUUGGGGAAUUUGACGCCUUCGAGUGCGCAGAUUCUAUUUGGGUAAUGUACUUUGUGUUGAUGUUGUGAUAUGUUAAAAGGUUUUAUAUGAUUUGGUUUGUGUUUAUGUGAUUAUAUUGUGAUUGUUGUUUUUGUAACGUUAUACAACGUUUCUUUUGAAUGUUAAUGAUCCUUCCUUCUCCAA